CCUAAUCAAGAAAUACACAGACGAAACCGUGAAGCGCAUAUGCGACUUCCCGAUUGUCCUGUGAGAAUCUCCACCCGCCUCUACCUCCCCAUACUAGACGAAGAGAAGAGGAAGCUGUCGGUCUUGGUGUACUUCCACGCCGGCGUGUUCAAGGGUAAGACGUCGUCGGGGUGGAACGAGCGGCUGCGGAAGAAGAUCUGUGGUGGCAGGGCUUUUGGUUGGGACUGGUUCCUUCUUUCUCUUCUUCGUCUUCGACAUGCACUUUGGCGGCGAGGAAUUUUCAACGGGCGGCGCCCAGAUGGAUUCUCUUCUCUUCUUCUUCCUUGUUCCUCCACCGCGGUCGCCAUUACCUCAGAUUCCACUCCAUCAUCGUCAAGAUCGGUGGAUUUGGGCCCGAUUCAGGUUAUGUUCGUCUUCUCCAUCAGCCAAACGAACUGGUGGUUGUUCGUCUUCUCCCUCAGGCCGGUCUGGAGGAAACGCUAAGAUUUGGGUUGGCGGUUAAAGACGGCAAUGAGUUCCGGGUAGAAGAAGGGUCGAGAGGAAGAGGAGUGGGAGUGGCGGUGGUCGUCGUCGGUGCCGACUAUAGAAAAAGAUUAGGGAUUGUGAUUGUUAUUGCGGUUGACCAUGAGUUUCUUAUUUCAAUUUCUUAUUUUUAUUUUUCAACUUUUUAAGAACUAAAAAAAGAAUUAAAAU